UCAAUCGGUGCACAACCGGAUGUUGCCGCAUUUACACGCUUCUUUCCACUUUUUUAAGCGAAAUGUUUUAAAUGUAGAUUUUAAACAGUAAAACUGAGCUCACAGGUUUAAAUAUGUCGGUGUCGUUGGUCAGAAAAGGACUGGAGCUGCUGAGCGAAGAUAUUAAAGAUAGCAGAAAAGCGAAGAAGAAGGGUCAGACCCCCAGCUCGGCCACAGUGAUGGAGCUGGUGAGCACCAAGAGGCAGGGGGUCACCAGGCAGGUCAAAAGGCUGCAGGGCCGCCUUGGUCCCGGAAAGAGCAAAGCCACAGUCAAAGACAAGAGGAUCAUAUCUGCAGUAGACGAGUUCCGAAAAAAGCAACCAAAGAGCCAGAUGAGCGCCAACCUGAGAUACUUCUUGAAAACUGGCGGUAAAGCAGCAGAUUCUGAUACAAUGAAGAUCUUGAACCACAACAAAGGAAGACAGUCAAGAAAUCGCCCCGACCAACCUGUCAAAACGCCCAAGGAGACACAGUCUUUGUUUACGGAGGAGGAGUUUCAGCAGUUCCAGAAAGAGUACUUUGGCAGGAUUGUUGAGAAGAAAUAACACCACCCAGAAAAGAGACACCGUAGCCACAGUAGAAACAGCAGGUGCUGUGUUCUAUGGAUUAAUGUGGAUUUUUGAAUGUACUGGAAGUCAUUCCCAGCUCACAUAAGGACAAAAUCCUUCUGCUGUGUGUCUGAAAUAGAUGCUUUAACAUGAAAUAUACCACGUCAUGAGCUGUAGUUCCCAAAACUUAUUGGAUAAGAAGUGGAUUUGUGCAGAUACACAAGAUUUAAUAACCUAAUGUGUGACAUAAUAACCAAGUAUGCAACCAAUGAAGCAGCCGUUCUGUCCUUUUUUUUUUUUUGUAUUUUAUUUUCAUUUAAAAUAUAAACACUGUUUACU